CCACUCCCAAGCCAGUACCCACAGUCCUACGAGCAGUCGCACGCAAGUGUCAAGAGACGAAACGGUCGACAUGGCUCGCACGCAAUCUGCCGUAGCGGUCGCCGUGGUGGCCGCGGUGCUGCUGCUGGCAGCGGCGGCGACGACCUCGGAGGCCGCCAUCACCUGCGGGCAGGUGAGCUCCGCCAUCGCGCCCUGCCUCUCCUACGCCCGCGGCACGGGGUCCGGCCCCUCCGCGUCCUGCUGUAGCGGCGUCAGGAACCUCAAGAGCGCCGCCAGCACCGCCGCCGACAGGCGCGCCGCCUGCAACUGCCUCAAGAACGCCGCCAGGGGCGUCAGCGGCCUCAACGCCGGCAACGCCGCCAGCAUCCCCUCCAAGUGCGGCGUCAGCAUCCCCUACACCAUCAGCACCUCCACCGACUGCUCCAGGGUGAACUAAAACCUAGACCACGCGCGACGACGGCCGCCUGAUCGAUCGACCAACCAUUCCGCCGUCGCCGCCGGCCGGAUCAUCGAUCGUCGUCAUGAUGAUAUCUAUCAAUCUACGCGUGAUGAUCGAUGGCUACUUGUCUACUGCUAUGUACUACUAAAUAAAAUCUCUCCGUGUGUGCACGUACGCUUGCAUGUGCAUGGUAGCAUGUAUGUACGACGUCGUCCAUGUAUGUGUGUGUGACGUGUGAGACAGAGAGAGAGAGAGAGAGAGACAGGAUCGAUCGAGAGACGGUCAUGUCCUUUUGGCUGUUUGGUUUAUUCAUAUCACAACUUUUGAGUGU